AUGCCAUCCACACGAGCCCGUCAAACGACCUCCGUCUCGUUGAAUGCCCCAUCCCCCAGAUCGCCCCGGACUAGUGCCUCAUUCACGUCCGCGCCACCGACAUCUGCGGCCGGCGCGGCGCCCAUCGUCAUCACGGAUCUGGACGCGAACCGUCUCGCCAAGGCGCGCGAGCUGAUUCCGCGCGUGCGGACGCUGCAGGUAGAGCGCGGGGAGAGCGCGCAUGCGCUCGGGGGCCGGAUUGUGCGGGCGCUGGGGCAAGAGGCGAAGUUGGUGUCGGAGUGUACUGGAAUCGAGAGUAGUGUGCAUGCGGGGAUUUAUGCGACCCGGUUCGGCGGCAUGGUGCUCGUCAUCGGCUUUCAGUAUCGAUACCAUGAUAUCUACCCUAAGUCCAUGGCGCUCGUGGCUGCCGGGUUGGUCGAUCUGGAGUCGUCGGUCUCGCAUCAGUUUCGGCUGGGGGAGGAGAUUCGGGCGUUUGAGACGGCGAGUAAUCCUGGUUCUGGGGCGAUUUAG